AUGACCUCCAGCACCACCGCGCCGAAGCCGAAGACGUCGGACUCGCGGGUGGCCUUGCCGGUGUGGAAGCACUCGGGGGCGAUGUAACCCAUCGUGCCGGGGAUGCCGUCGACCUCGAUAUCGGCGUAGGAGGUGCGCUCGUUCUCGAUGGCCCGUGCGAGGCCGAAGUCACCGAGCCGCGCGUUGAACUCCGCGUCCAGCAGCACAUUGCUGGCCUUUAGGUCCCGGUGCACCACCUUCUGGUCGUACUCGUUGUGGAGGUAA